GACGUUACGGGUUUCCUUUAAAAGCGGAAGCGACGCACUGCGCAUGCGCCACCGGCCAAGUGAGCACAAGGCAGCCGUGUGUGCAAAGCGGAGGAAACAGCACAUCUACGCAGCCAUGCAGCGGGAGCAAAGCCCACAGGUUUCCCUCAUUGACAGACUCAUUAAGAUGCGGAAAGAGACAGCGGAGAGGAGGGUGGUCUUGGCUUGGGGGCUCCUCAACCUCUCCCUCGCCGGCAUGAUUUAUACUGAAAUGUCUGGAAAACUAAUCAGUUCAUAUUACAACAUUUCAUGCUGGCCACUGUGGUAUAUUGAGCUGGCCUUUGCCUCGCUGUUCAGCCUCAACGCCUUAUUUGAUUUCUGGCGAUACUUCAAGUACACCGUGGCCCCAACCAGCUUGGUGAUGAGUCCUGGGCAGCAAACCGUCCUGGGUUUACAAAAUGCAGCGGUGCAGAUCACUCCGGUGCACCAGCUGACCCCCAAGAGGAGCUCCGACUCCAGUUCCCCAUCCAGCAGCCCGAGCUUUUGGAGCUACAGCCGCUCCGUGGCCGACGGCGCACAGAUGCUGCGGAAAUUCCAGUACCAGCCAGCCUGCCGCUCCCAGACCCCUUCGGCCCACAAGGACGAGGCCGACCUCAGCUCCAAGCAGGCGGCAGAGGAGGUUUGGGCCCGUGUCUCCAUGAGCCGGCAGCUGCUUGACCACAUGGACACUUGGACGGCCAAAUUCCGCAAUUGGCUCAAUGAGACAAUUUUAGUGCCUCUUGUUCAAGAGAUUGAAUCUGUGAGCACUCAACUCCGGAGGAUGGGAUGCCCAGAACUACAGAUUGGAGAUGCCAGCAUCAGCAGCCUGAAGCAAGCCGCGCUGGUGAAAGCCCCUCUGAUCCCGACCUUGAAUACCAUUGUCCAGUAUCUGGACCUUACCCCCAACCAGGAAUAUCUGGUGGAGCGGAUCAAAGAGCUCUCUCAAGGCGGGUGCAUGAGUUCCUUCAGGUGGAAUCGAGGCGGAGACUUCAAAGCUCGCAAAUGGGACACCGAUUUGCCAACGGAUUCGGCCAUCCUGAUGCACGUCUUCUGCACAUACCUGGAUGCCCGGCUGCCUCCUCACCCGAAAUACCCCGAUGGCAAAACAUUCACCUCUCAGCACUUCAUUCAGACACCUGAUAAGCCAGACGUUUCCAAUGAGAACUUGUUCUGCAUCUACCAGAGCAGCGUCAACCCUCCCCAUUACGAACUUGUUUACCAACGGCAAGUCUACAAUCUGCCAAAGGGCAGAAACAACUUGUUCCACACUUUGCUCAUGUUCCUGUACAUCAUAAAGACCAAGGAAUCUGGGAUGCUGGGGCGUGUCAAUCUUGGCUUAUCUGGUGUGAACGUCCUGUGGAUUUUUGGCGACUAGAUCACUUGGAAGUCGCUACAGAAGAACUCUUGUUGGACCGCGGAAUAAAAACAUCUCCAUUGGAAAAAGAGAGAAGUUGGCAGCGCAUGAUUUGGAGAUACAGCAAGAGUUCUUCAAAGCAAAACAAAUAAUGAAACACUGGAA